AUGGGUAAUACAGAAGGUAAUGCAGGGAUAAAAGAAUUACAUGCAAAUUACAUAUAGAUUCGUAAUAUCAAAGAUGAUGCAAGAUAUGGGGAAGGUCGAAUAGUGAAGUAGAAGUAGACUAAAGAAGAAUCAUUUCAAAAAGAGAUGAAUUUAACAGAUGAAGAUAAAUUCAAGAAAGUGAAAAUAAUGUUGGAAAAGAAGUAGAAUAACAAAUAUGAUAACAUAAUAAAUGUUACUAGUAUAAAAGUUUGAGUAAAAUUAUCUAGAGCUUUAUUAUCAGGAAGAUAGUUAAUUCUGUGGUCAAUUUUAUAAAAUAUACAUAUUGUUAGAAUACAUUCCAUUAUGUUUAUACGAUAUAAUAGAAUAGAGAUUAGCUAAGAAGUAAUAAUUGAAGGAAUCUGAGUUGUGGCCUAUUUUAACAGGAUGUAUAGAAGGAUUGUUUAUUUUACAAUCUUAGAAUAUAAGUCAUUAAUCUAUUAGACCUGAAACUAUUUCAUAUAUGGAAUAAUAUCCAUAUGUAAAAUUAAGUGAUCCAACUGUAAGUGGAGUAUUAAGUUCAUUCUAAUAAGUUGUGUAAGAUGAAUUGAAAUAAAUUAAUUAGAAUUACUUAAGUCCUUAGUUAAUGUAAUCAUUAAAUGAUCAAAUUUAACCAUAACAUAAUCCAUACAAAAGUGAUGUAUAUUCAUUAGGAAUGACAAUGCUUUAUCUCUCAACUCUAAAUAAUUGUGAUGAUUGUUAUGAUCUAUCAAGAUCAAAAGUAAUACAUCAAUAAGUUUAACGUAGAUUAUAAUAAAUGGAAUAAUCAUUCUCAACAUAAUAUGUUUAAAUAUUAAGAAAUAUGUUAUUACUUAAUGAAGAAUAAAGACCAGAUUUUAUUUAAUUAAAAUAGGAAUUUUAAGGCAUAUCUAUUCCUCAUUCUCUAUAAAAAUAAUAUCAUGAAGAAGAAGAAAUUAUCUAAUCUAAAUAAGUUCCUAUUAUUUAAGUUGAAUCUUAUUAGUAAGCAGUUGAAAGCUUUUCUAUUCAGUAACCCUAAACACCUUAAGUUGUUAUGUAUUCAGAAUCUAGUGCUAAAUUUAAUAUCUAACAAUCUAAUUAAUCUAUUCCUAAUACCUCAAUUUAAAGAUCUUAAUAACAAUUAAAAAUCUCUCAAUAGACUAAUUAAUCUAUCUAUGUUGAUCGUAAUGGAGUUUAAGAUUUAAGACCUGACAUAUAUGAUCAUAUAAAAAUUGUAAUUCAUUCUAUUAUUCUCUUAGUUACCUUUAUCUGAACAAAUUUCUUUUCCAUCAGAAAUCGAUCAUAAUAUAGGCAAUCAAAUUGGAAUGGAUUAAUUUCUAGAUAUUACUAAUGAACCAGAACCUGAUGAUAAUUAUAAUAAUAACCUUAUGCCUACCACAUCUUUUGAAACUUCUUAAUAAUAUCAAUAAUAAUAUUAACAGAUGUAAUAAUCCAAAUCCAAUAAUUUACCUGUUUCAUAUGAUUCAUAUAAUGUAGAUUACAAUUAAACUAAUAAUUUAUCAAAUCAAAAAAAAUAUGAUUAUUUAUAUGAUAGAAAUCUAAGCAAUCAAGAAAAACUUAUUAAUUAUUAGAAUGAUCUAAAAAAAACAUUUGAACACCUUUCAAUUAAACCUGAAAAAGUAAUCGAAGUCUAUGGAAAUGGAUCUAAAUAUGAAGGUGAAAAACUUAAUGGUUUGAGACAUGGUAAUGGUACCUUCUUUUAUUAAGAUAAUGGAGGAGUAUAUGAAGGUUAAUGGUUUGAAAAUAAAAUGCAUGGAAUGGGUAUAUAAUGAUAUUUAUAUUUAGGAACAUUAUUUUAUGCUUCUGGUAAACCUGCCUAUGAAGGAUAAUGGGUUAAUGAUAAGUUUGAAGGUAAAGGAACUUUGUAUAAUGAAGAGCCAUAAUCCUUAUUUACUGAAUUUGAUUAUAGAGAUUUUGAUCAAGUUGGAGAGUAUUUUUUCAAUUUAACUUUAGAUUUUGGACUAAAUACGUUGGUCUAUUCCAUGAUGAUAAUAAAGAAGGACAAGGUACACUCUAUCUAUCUAAUGGUGAUAAAUUUGAAGGCAAUUUUCUUCAAGAUCUUGUUAGUGGUCCUGGAAAAUACAUUAAAUCUAAUGGAUAAUUUGUUUCUGGGAGAUGGUGGAGAAACAAACUUUAAUAAUGAC